AUGUACAGAUCGACUUUGGCCGCAGUGGCCCGUUCGGUGUCCAAGACCAGUGGCCGGGUCAGAGCAACCAGCAGCUCCAGCACGGAAAGCAAAAUGCCCGUGUCGUUCAACACAAGCCCGUUGUCGUCGCACGCAGACGCCACGUUCCAGUUGUCCGACGCAUCGUCCACAACCUUGAUCCACCGUUUCAGGUCCUUCAGACACGCCAGGGCGUCGGUACCCAGCACCCGGCUUUCCGUUUCAGACGGAUGGAUCUCCUCAAACGUGUCGUUGGCCUUGUCGUUUUCCAGGAUCGAGGCCUCCUUGUCGAAGUUGAUUGGAGCUGCUUCCAACUCCUCCGGCUCUUCAGACUCCAUGGCCACCAUCACCGGGUGCGAAAACGCGCGCUCUUUGCGUAGAGUUCCAAUGCAGCUCUCGUCGCCGUCCUCAAUCGCGUCGUACUCGUUCAUCGACAUCACCCCCAGGUCCACAAACUCGCUCUCGUCAACGACUCCAGAGUCUUUGGAGAUCAUGAGCGGACGAGAGUCAAAGAAGUUGAAGAACCGCGAGUUGGCGUCGUGGGCGUUGACCUGUCGCUUGAGGUCGUCAAACGAGUCCUGGUCCUCAACAAGAAGCCCGAUCAACAUCGAAGGGUCCAUCUGGUCCAGAUGCAGCUUGCGGAUCUUGUUUGUGUGCACCGACUCGAGAUUCAAAUGCGACUCCACCUCCACAAAAGUCUGCGAGUCUGACGGAUCAGACUCGGACACAACCAACAACGCUUUCUGA